AUUAUCCAAACAAAGGAUAUCAUCACCCAUGUGGCAACACUCCACUGGCUAUCUCAAAUGAAACCAACACCAUUCACUCAAAACUCAAAAUUCUCCAAGAAAAAGAUAACCUUCAUUAGAUCAAAACCCUUUGAUAUUCAAUUAUCAUCAUCUCUUAACACCACCUUCAAAUUCAAAACUUUCUGAAAAUGGCAAGUUGCAGUAUGGCAUCGGCUGCUUCAACUUUUGUAAUGACACCAAAUGUCACCUCUAACACAAUAACAGUCAAGCCCAAUAUGGUGGUUAUGUUACCUUCUCAAAACACAAGAGGUUCAAGACUUGUUGUUAAGGCGGCUGAAGAGGCCGCACCACCGGCUGCAACUGCUGAACCGGCUAAGGUAGAGGCUAAGGAAGAGAAGCCUAAGCCCCCACCAAUUGGACCCAAGAGAGGAGCCAAGGUGAGAAUUUUAAGGAAGGAGUCCUACUGGUUCAAAGGAGUGGGAUCAGUUGUGACUGUAGACCAGGAUCCAAAGACUCGAUACCCGGUUGUUGUGAGGUUUAACAAAGUGAAUUAUGCGAAUGUGUCAACCAACAACUAUGCAUUGGAUGAGAUUGAAGAAGUAUAGAGCUGAGUUUCUUGAUCAUGUAGAAUGCCUCAUAUUUCAAUCUUUUGCAACAUGUUUUAUCAAUGAAUUUGUAUUAUAUUCAAUAUGUGUGUUUCUUUGGUGUGUGGUAAAA